AUGUCGGGCUUUGCAUGGUGGGAGAACCGUCAGGCUGACGGUGGAGCAGCAGGAGCAGGAGCAGCAGCAGCAGGAGCAGCAGGAGCAGGAGCAGCAGAAGCAGCAGCAGGAGCAGGAAAGACAGAACACUCGGAGUCAGACACCGUCAGAGUUGAUGAGUUGAGCUUGGAGCAGCAAGACCCCGAUGUCGGAGGGAAGGUGGCGAAGGUGGAGCAGGAUCAAGCGGUCAAAGGAAGGCAAGAAGAAGCUGGUCCAGAGUUUACAAGCACAGAAAAGCAAGGCAAAGCAGUAGAGGAUUGGAAGGAUGUCAGCGACGAGAUGAAGGAAAGGCUGUCAUCGAUGGGAAUCUCCAUUGUUGUCGAUCCGAUCAAAGGCAGAUGUCUGCUGGCAAAGAAGCGCUUCCAUGCUGGAUCUCUCGUCCUCUCGCAGGAGGCCAUGGCUCUUUCUCCAUGUCCCGACGGCUGGUCAGUCUGUAGACGCAGAAGAGGAGUGAAGUUGACCCCUCUCGUGACCAUGAUGGGGAGGAUCUUGGAUCGCAGCAGCCGUCAACAGGCUGGGGGGGAGGAGGAGCAGGUGGGCUCGAGGGUGAAGGACUUUCAUGCGCUGGCAUCGCACUACGGCAAGCAUGAGCAGGAGAGCAUGGUCGGCUUCACGCAUGUUGCUCUGUCGCUGAGGGAGUACAUGAUGGGAGACAGGAAGGCGAAGGAGGAAGAGGAGGAGGAGGAGGAUGGUGGUGGUCUGAACAUGCGGCAAGUGGUUGAGGACAUCUGCCGUCUCUCCUCCAACUGCUACACGAUCGUGGACGAGGAGGAGAGGGCGUCGUUCCGGGGGAGGAGCAUGCAGCUGCGAGCUCUGAAGGACAUCGAGGAAGGAGAGGAGUUGUCGCUCUCCUACGUUGACCCGGCGGAGCCGCUGGCCGUGCGCCAGGAGGAGCUGAGGAGAAGGUACUUUUUCUCCUGCUCCUGCUUCCUCUGCGCUGGGGAGGGAGCCAAGGCCGAAGACGAGGAGAAGACAAGAGUUCUUGCAGGCAGCAGCAGGGAGGCGGAGAAGAGGGUCGAUGGCCUGCUGAGGAUGGCGAGGGAGGCGGCAGGCGCGCCUGCUCGGCCGGAGACCGUGCUCGAGCAGCAGCUGGAUGCGAUCAAGGCAGCUGAGCUCGUGCUGGGACCUCAUAAUGUCAAACUCCUGCGAGCUCGAGAGGAGGCGCUCGCCGUUUCCAUCGAGGUAUGA